UACAGGGAAUAAAAAGCAUGCCAGGGGCUUGUGGAGGAGCUGUGCUCCUUGUCUAAGGAUACAGGGAGCAUCGCUGCCAUCUCUGCCGAUGAAGAACACACUCUGAGGUGUUGCAUGCCUGUGCCGGGGGAGAAGAGUUCUUCCCGGGGAGAAUUUUUGGAAUAACCAUGAGCCACUGUGAGCCUUAUGUGAGCCGGAAUAACAACUGUCCCAUCACCGCCCUCCGGAAUGAGAGCCAGGACUACCUGCUGAUGGAGGUGGAGGAGACGGCGGGUGACAACUCCUCGCGUCACUAUGGCCAUUAUCACAUGCGUGCCACAGAUAGUAAGAUAUCUCAUAGACGGCAAACACUACUCCGGGAGAAGGGGAGAAGGCAAACCAACAGAGGACCAGCCUAUAUGUUUAAUGACCGCUCCACCAGCCUUACAGCAGAGGAAGAGAGGUUUCUGGAUGCAGCAGAAUAUGGUAACAUCCCUGUAAUAAGAAAAAUGAUGGAGGAGUGUCACACUUUAAAUGUCAACUGUGUGGAUUACAUGGGUCAAAACGCUUUGCAAUUGGCUGUCGCCAAUGAGCACUUGGAGAUUACAGAACUUUUACUUAAGAAAGAGAAUUUGGCCCGGAUUGGGGAUGCCUUGCUUCUAGCCAUCAGCAAAGGAUAUGUGCGGAUAGUAGAGGCCAUACUGGGACACCCAUCAUUUGCUGAAGGGAAACGGCUCACCACAAGUCCAAGUCAAGCUGAAUUCCAACAUGAUGACUUCUAUGCCUACGAUGAAGAUGGAACAAGGUUCUCUCAAGACAUCACUCCCAUUAUUUUGGCCGCUCACUGCCAGGAAUAUGAGAUUGUUCAUACACUUCUAAGAAAAGGGGCCAGGAUUGAGAGGCCUCAUGACUAUUUUUGUAAAUGCAAUGAAUGUAGUGAAAAACAAAAACAUGACUCUUUUAGCCAUUCCAGGUCCAGGAUUAAUGCUUAUAAAGGUCUUGCAAGUCCAGCAUAUCUAUCGUUGUCUAGUGAAGAUCCUGUUAUGACUGCAUUAGAGCUCAGCAAUGAGCUGGCCGUAUUAGCAAAUAUAGAAAAAGAAUUCAAGAAUGACUACAAAAAAUUGUCUAUGCAAUGCAAGGACUUUGUUGUUGGACUUCUUGAUUUAUGCAGAAAUACGGAGGAGGUGGAAGCAAUAUUAAAUGGUGAUGUAGACACGAACCACAGCUCUGUUGAAGCUGGCGACCGGCCGAGCCUCUGCCGACUAAAGCUCGCGAUUAAGUAUGAAGUUAAAAAGUUUGUGGCUCAUCCCAAUUGCCAGCAGCAGCUUCUCUCCAUCUGGUAUGAAAAUAUAUCAGGCUUACGGCAACAAACUACAGCAGUAAAGUUUCUGGUAGUUCUGGCUGUAGCGGUUGGAUUGCCGUUUCUUGCAAUGGUUUACUGGGUGGCACCAUGCAGCAAGCUGGGUAAGAUAAUGCGCGGCCCUUUCAUGAAGUUUGUCGCUCACGCGGCCUCAUUUACUAUUUUCCUCGGUCUGCUGGUGAUGAACGCGGCCGACAGGUUCGAAGGCACCAAGAUCCUUCCUAACGAAAGCGUCACGGAUAACGCAAAGCAGCUCUUUAGGAUGAAGACGUCUUCCUUCUCCUGGAUGGAAUUGCUCAUUAUCUCCUGGGUAAUAGGUAUGAUCUGGGCAGAAUGUAAAGAGAUUUGGUCACAAGGGCCCAGGGAAUACAUGUUUGAAUUGUGGAAUAUCCUGGAUUUCGGGAUGUUGGCCAUCUUUGCAGCAUCAUUCAUUGCUAGGUUUAUGGCCUUUUGGCAUGCAUCCCGAGCACAGAACUAUGUUGAUGAUGAUGAGAACAUCAAAGACGUGACAAGUGCCACGCUGCCACCUGAAAUCAAAUAUUAUACUCUGGCCAGAAUAAAAUGGCUGCCGUCGGAUCCCCAAAUCAUCUCCGAGGGCCUCUACGCCAUUGCUGUUGUUUUGAGCUUCUCUCGGAUCGCCUAUAUUCUACCAGCCAAUGAAAGCUUCGGGCCCUUACAGAUAUCACUGGGACGGACAGUGAAGGACAUCUUCAAGUUCAUGGUGAUCUUCAUUAUGGUGUUUGUGGCCUUCAUGAUCGGAAUGUUUAACCUCUAUUCCUAUUAUCUUGGAGCCAAGCAAAAUGACGCCUUCACCACAGUUGAAGAAAGUUUUAAGACUUUGUUCUGGGCCAUAUUUGGACUUUCUGAGGUGAAGUCGGUCGUCAUCAACUAUGGACACAAAUUUAUAGAAAAUAUUGGCUAUGUAUUGUAUGGGGUGUACAAUGUCACUAUGGUAAUUGUCCUAUUAAACAUGCUCAUUGCCAUGAUCAACAGCUCCUUCCAAGAGAUCGAGGAUGACUCAGAUGUGGAGUGGAAAUUUGCCAGGGCCAAACUUUGGUUUUCGUACUUUGAGGAAGGAAGGACCCUUCCAGUGCCAUUCAACUUGGUGCCAAGUCCUAAAUCAUUUGUUUACAUUGCGCUGAAAAUAAAGUCAUUCCUCCCUAGAAUAUUUUCCUGCCACUCAAAAGGUUUACAGGAGGACUCAGAGAUGAACAAGCUCGGUCACAGUAAACACUCAAGCAUAAGAAGUUCUGAAGAUGGCAACCUAAACAACAUAAGUCACCCACCCACCAGAUAUCAGAAAAUAAUGAAGCGUCUUAUCAAGCGAUACGUGCUCAAAGCUCAGGUCGACAAAGAGAGCGACGAAGUCAAUGAAGGUGAACUAAAAGAAAUAAAACAAGACAUUUCAAGUCUCCGCUACGAGCUCCUAGAAGAGAAGACUCACAACACAGAGGACCUUGCCGAACUUAUACGAAAACUUGGGGAAAGACUAUCUAUUGACCCCAAAAACCAUUAGUUGAACAAUUAUCCUGGCAUUGCUCCUCCUGGCAUAUUCGUUGCCUUAGCUCACCAUACUGACCCCUCUUCUGCUGGAGGACCUUAUCUUUUGGACAGCACAAAUAAAUCCAAGCUCCCCUCUUUGUCUUCUGUAAUGCGUUGCUCUUCUGUUUUUCACUAGAUAGUGAGUGACAAGACCAUUACUUACUUCCCAUAUUCUUUUGAGAGAAGCCCAUAAGGUCAUCCAUGGUAGAACAGAUCAAGGUUCUAGAAGCCCCUCAGUCGAUUUGGAGUAGAGGGGAGACAUCAGUAGCAAGGCUGGAGCAUGUAUGGCGCACCAAUGCAUCAUGGAUCUCCUACUCUUACUUAUAUGGUCCUGCUCUUGCAUUCAUGUUAAUAACUGGUGGUGAUGGCACUGCCAGGUUUAGACCAAAGAUAUAUCUGGGAAAAUAUCUAUUGGGAUCCAUAUAUGUUCAUAAUAAUAGCCCACAAUGUCAAGGAAUUGUAAAGCACUCAGUGCCUAUAUACCAUAGCAUUAAAGGGGUACUCCACUGGCUAGCACUUGGAAGUAAAUAUUCCGAAUGCUGUUUUUGCACUACGGGGGUUGGCAACGCCCCUCGUGAC